AAAGUUGACAUCUGCAAGUAUGCAGUCCGAAUCGGGAAUAGUUCCCGACUUCGAAGUUGAAGAGGAGUUUCAAGAGGAGCCUAAAACGUAUUACGAAUUGAAGAGUCAACCCUUGAAAAACAGCAGCCCGUCGGACCAGCACGGCUCCUCCAAGCCCCCGCUGAGCUCCUCGGCCAUGACAUCACGCAUCCUGCUGCGGCAGCAGCUGAUGCGGGAGCAGCUUCAGGAGCAGGAGCGGCGGGAGCAGCAGAGACAACAGGCCUCCCAGUACCCACAAACCACAGCGGCCCAGACCCCCGCCAUCAAUGUCAGUGUCCCAGCCAGUUUACCGCCUGCUGCCCAGGUGCCAAUGGAGGUGCUCAAGGUCCAGACUCACCUGGAGAACCCAACCAAGUACCACAUCCAGCGCUCCCAGCAGCAGCAGGUGAAGCGGUACCUGGGGAAGCUUGGCUCUCAGGUGUUGAGCUUGCCCUGCCACAACCAGUCCUCUGACCACGGGGGCAUGCCGCCAGGGCCGGGCAACAGCGCCCCCAACAGCCCUAUGGCCUUACUGACCCUGAACUCUAACUGCGAGAAAGAGAUGGAUGAUGUCAUUGAUGACAUUAUUAGUCUGGAGUCCAGUUACAGUGAUGAUAUCCUCGGCCUGAUGGACCCAGGACUUCAGAUGGCUAAUGCGCUCCCCGUGAAUGCUAACCUCAUGGACUUGUAUGGUAAUCAGGGUAUGUCCCAGCAAGGUCUGCCCAUCAGCAACUCCUGCCCUGCCAACCUGCCCAACAUCAAAAGGGAAUAUUCCGUUUCACAAUCCCCGGCCAUCAUGCAUAUGCUGGAUAAGUCCGGAUCCUGCGGCAAGUUUGACAACUAUCAAAGGCCCGAAGGCUUCCCUGUGGCAGAGGUAAGAGCGAUGGCAAAGGAGAGGCAGAAGAAGGAUAACCAUAAUUUGAUUGAGAGAAGACGACGGUUUAACAUCAAUGAUCGAAUCAAGGAAUUGGGCACUUUAAUUCCUAAAUCCAAUGACCCGGACAUGCGCUGGAACAAAGGCACCAUCCUGAAGGCAUCAGUGGACUACAUCAGGAAACUGCAGCGGGAGCAGCAGAGGGCCAAGGAGCUGGAGAGUCGGCAGAAGAAGCUCGAGCAUGCCAAUCGACAUCUGAUGUUGAGGAUACAGGAGUUAGAGAUGCAGGCCCGGGCCCACGGUCUGGUCAUCACAUCUCCAGCACUCUGCUCUCCUGAACUUGCGUCCCGGUCCAUUAAGCAGGAGCCCUCUCUGGAGGACUGUCACCAGGACCUGUACACGCUCCACCCCCAUCACCAACACCACCCGGCCUGCACUCCAGAACCGCCCGGCACCCUGGAGCUGAACGAGGGCCACUCCAACUUCCCAGAGGGUCACUACAGCGUUCACGGCAAGCCGGGCUCCAAACUCAACGACAUCCUCAUGGAAGACACCUUAUCACCGGUGAGGGGGGGGGACCCUUUGCUCUCGUCCGUCUCCCCCGACACCUCAAAGGACAGCAGUCGUAAGAGCAGCGUGAGCAUGGAUGAGAAUGAUCAGGGCUGUUAGCACCCCCUACUGGAAGACGCCCGCGCCUGCUUCUCCAACCGUCUCCAUCCUGCUGCAAGUGUUCCUGCCAGCAGCUAACACGCUCCAGCUGCUGCAGAGGCUUUCUCCUCUCUGUGUCUUUUGUUGUUGUUUUUUUUUUUUCUCCCCCACCCGUGUUUACAUGUAUUGAAUCUUUUCCAUUCAUGUUUUUUGUUAGUUUUUUUUUUUUGUGAUAUCUUUGUCUUUUCAAGCCCUCAACCUUGAUUUCAAGGACUGAUUAUGAAGUAUGUUUGCUUUAAUCAAUACUUUGAUGACAAUGAGUUACAAAAUAGAAGUUUUUAUAUUUAAAAAAAAAAUAUGCAUUCAUCUUUGAAUAGAAGCUAGAUUAUGUUUAUUUCUAUUGAUUCCAAAGAAUCUAGGGAAGUUAUAAAUCAUGGUCAGAAAUGUAGAUAUUUUGUGUUGAGAUGAACACUGCUUUUUAAAUCACUAGCAAUAAUAGAAGAAAAAAAGUCUAUUUAUUACUAUAGUGCUUUACACUCCUUGUGUCUUAGAUGAACUUGAAUGUGCCAAUGCCUUAUUAAGAUGUUUAUACAUCGAUGUUGUAUUGCUAUGCACAUUUUUUGGCUGUUAGCUGAGUCUUUGUCAGUCUUCCAGUUGAAAUUUCUUUCUUGACAAAUAUUAAUCAUUUGUAGAUUUAAUCUUAUUUAUGUAUCUAUGUAAACAGGACUUUAUUUACACAUUCCCCUUAAGAAAUGUAUUUAUAACAAGGCAUUUAAAAAGAGCCUUUUAAAAGGACUGAGAUAAUAAAUUAAAGCACAAUAAACAUAGGAAGCUAAAAUGUCUCCUUCAAGAUAAUUAAUGUGAACAAAAUCUGCAUUGAAAAUGGCUAAUUUUAGUUUUUUAUUCUGUGUGAUAAUGAGCAAGAAGCAGCACAACAAUCCAAUAACAAGUUUCACCACAGUGAUGAAUCCCAUACGAUCCAGUGCUGAGUGCUCAGCAGUGUGUACCAGAUAUAUUCACGUUCCUCACUGCCAAAACCAUUGGAAUAUGGAAAUAUACAAAAAAAAUAAGAUUUUUUAAUAUAUUGCAGUCUCAAAAGUAGUCGAAUCCUAGCAUAAAUUAAAAUUAAAAAGCCUGUUACUCUGACACGUGCACAAGAAGCUGAUUUCACUUGAUAGAUCUGAUUGUAACAUAAUUCUAUGAAUCUUUAAUAGAUGAUUAAUGCAAAAUGAAGAUGAAUCAGUUACGUUUUUUAUUGUAUUCUUGUCUGUAGUGAUCAGACUAACAGAACUGGUAAAACUGCAAGGGAUGCACGAUAAGGAUUCGUUCAUUACCUGCUUCUCAUGGCCGAUACCAAUAUGAUAAUAAUUUUAUAUUUUUGUAUUUUAAAAAGAAGCUCUUAACCCCCAGUGUAUGCACACUUCAGUGACACAAGAUGGAUGAUUUAAUAUUUCAUAGCAUUGAUCACAUCCACUUUAUUUUUUUCUUAUGAAGUACAUCAAAAAACUUCAUAAACACUCAAUCCGUAAAAUAAGACAUGUCAAUAUAAUAAAUACUCAAUACCGCUGAGUAUUAACCCAAUAUAUAU